CGCGGCAGCUGAUUUUCCCAUUCAAUCAUUGGUUAUGUUGUUGGGUACAUUGUUAUAUAUCUAUAUAGUAGCAGUUCUGCACACUAGUGCUAGGAAGAGAGCGUCGAUUAUUCUUGAAGUUGAAAUUUAGUAUAAACGAUAAACAAAGAUUUUAUAUCGAUGCAUACCGUUUGCUGUAGCUUACAGUACUGUAAGUAAAUAAAUGACAAAUUCUAAACUUCAAGGGGUUGAUGAAUAUUAAAUUUCAAGAAGAUUAUCUGCUUGAUCGCAUUGAAAAUUUGUAUUAUACAUGGACGUGUUGAGUAUAUCGUACUUUUGAAAUUAAUGAGUACGUUUUAUGUACAUUACGAAUAUCACAAAUGAAUAUCUUCGAAUAACUUUAAACGAAACGUGUAAAUAGUUUAAUCUUUACAAAUGGACGGAUCGCAGUCUCACACAGCAGAAGUGACACAGGAUGUAGCUGACAGUAGCUUACCAGCAGUAGUGGCUAGUUUAGAGAUGCUUACAGUAAAUAGUAAUUUAUCAACAUCAGAAAAUAAAAGAUGGAUCAGAAGGAAAAUAUCUGUACCUGAUUCAAAUGAAAGUCUUAAUAGAAGAUGCAGUUUAAGGCCAAGGAAAAGAACAAGUAUAGAGAUGGAAAACGAUGACAAAAAAAGAAAAACACAAGGGCCAAAAGAAGAAGUUAAGGAAUAUUAUUUAAAUAAAAAUUUAAAGAGGAAAUUGAAUAACUUGGAAACGAUUUAUGAAGAAAAGGAUGACUUAAAUGAGAGUUCAAUGCAUAUGAGUAUAAAGAGAUAUAAACGUGUUAUACAGUUUCAAGAAACACCAUCGGAUCGUAAGAUAAAAAAAAGAAGAGCGAAAAUUAAAAAAGUUUUCGGAUCAAAAGUUAACUUCAAAGGAAAAUGCGCAUCUAUGCAAAUGAUGCUUGACAAAUUAAAUGGUAUUAGAGUAGAACCUCCAGCGAUAAUUGAUGGUGAAACAAAAUGAGAUUGUGCAAACAAUAAAAAUGUACAACAUAGAAUGUUCUAUAGUUAAAACAAAAGCUUCUUAAAGGAAGCAUCUUUUAUCUAAUAAAAUUUAAUGAUUCAUUUAUAAUACUGUUUUUUCAAUGUUUUGCAAGAUUUUUGAAAGUUGUAUAAAGUAAUUAAGGGAAUUUGUGUUCUCAUUACAAUACAUUACCUGAAACAUUAAGAAAAGAAAUUAACACAUAAUACAAGUUGUGUUAUAUAUCCACUGAUGUGUACUUAUACAGUGAGAUAAAUAAUUUUUAUAUUACAAUAAUAAUUAGUCUUUAGUUACAUGUAAUGUUAUCAUGUCUUGAA